CUCUGUUCCACGUUUCACAGGAAGUAAAGAAACGUCUAAAGGAAAGAAGGGAAACUUCAGUAAAUGAACUAACAGCUAAACAUUCGUUCAUUCUUCGCACUCACACUUUUCCUGCUUCUCCUGACCAGGUUUAUCAAGACACUCAACAAUUACUACAAUUCACUUUGAUAUCGGCAAACAGUCAGAGGAUGGCAGAGAAGGUGCUUGUCACAGGUGGAGCGGGCUACAUUGGGAGUCACUGUGUGGUGGAGCUCAUCGAAGCAGGUUACCAGCCAGUUGUAGUAGAUAACCUAAGUAACGCUGUGAGAGGAGAAGGUGGCAUGCCAGAGAGCAUACGUAGGAUAGAGAAGCUCCUGGACACCAGCAUUGAGUUUCAUGAACUGGAUCUUUUGGACAAACCUGGACUGGAAAAACUCUUCAAGAAGCAUUCUUUCAGUGCAGUGAUGCACUUUGCAGGCCUGAAGGCUGUUGGGGAGUCAGUGGAGCAGCCAUUACGCUACUAUAGAGUCAACCUCACUGCUUCCAUGAACCUGCUUGAGGUGAUGCAGGCUCACAGGGUGCACAAUCUGGUCUUCAGCAGCUCAGCAACGGUGUACGGAGACCCUCAGCACCUUCCCAUCAACGAGCAGCACCCCGUGGGCGGCUGCACCAACCCCUACGGCAAGACCAAGUUCUUUAUCGAGGAGAUGAUCAAGGACCACUGUAAAGCUGAGAAGAACUGGAAUGCAGUGCUGCUGCGCUAUUUCAACCCAAUUGGAGCUCAUUCCUCUGGCCUGAUAGGAGAGGACCCUCAGGGGAUUCCCAAUAACCUGCUGCCAUAUGUCGCCCAGGUUGCCAUUGGGAGAAGAAAGUACCUCAGUGUGUUUGGGAAUGACUAUGACACACUUGAUGGGACAGGUGUGCGAGAUUAUAUCCACGUUGUAGAUCUGGCAAAGGGACACAUAGCAGCUCUGAAGAAGCUGAAGGACGACUGUGGGUGCAAGGUUUACAACCUGGGAACAGGGAGAGGCUACUCUGUGCUGCAGAUGGUGAAAGCCAUGGAGAAGGCAUCAGGCAGGGAGAUCCUGUACAAAAUUGCCCCACGUAGGGAAGGAGACAUAGCGUCAUGCUUCGCUGACCCUCGUCUAGCUGAGACCGAACUGACCUGGAAGGCCGACUUUGACCUGGAAAGAAUGUGUGAGGAUCUGUGGCGCUGGCAGUCCAUGAAUCCAACAGGAUUUUGUAAUGGCACAACCUCUUGAUGCAACUCCAGCCUUUUGUGUCUUCUAAAUCACCUGGCCAAAGCAAAUCAACAACUUUCUCAUUUUUGCUUAUCACAUAAACAAAUGAUAAAACAUUCAAGGGAGCUGAAUGUUUUACUUUUUAUCACCUGUAAUUUUCUAUUUGUUAUAUACUCAUGGUUAUCUUAUUCUCAAACUGAUUUGAAGAAAUGUAUAAAAAAUGUCUUUUUGGGUGCUGUGUGUUGUUAUUUCAGAUUCACAAUUGAUAUUUAAUCUAUUAAUGUAUUGAUCUGCAAGCCAUAACAAUGAAAGAAUAAAUUAAUUUUCUUACUGAG